AUGUGCGGAACGUUUUGUGACGUUUUGGAGGACCCGUACACGAAAGAUACAUGGAGACUGCACGAUAAAAUGCUGUAUUUGGUGUGGUGGUCGCACCGUCCAACUUCUUGUACCAACUGCGGUACGCAAGAUGCAUGGCUGCCGUCAGAAGAUAGUGAGUUGAAAUGCUGGAACUGCGGAACCGGCGCGGGCACUACCGCUGAUCAUGACAUUGUUGAGGAAAGGUUUGAUGAGGCGAAUAUGAGCGAGGAGGAGGAGGGGGGUCCGGACCGCAGCAUGGUGGAGGGUGAAACAAGUGGUGGUUUUGCCACGGGGGACAACAAUGCUGUGGUUGCAACUGGCGGUAGUGCCGUCUCUCUGUACUCAUUUUUCUAUGAAUGGAUAUCAGUUUUGCAGUCAACGAAGCAGCUCUCGGGCAUACGACUCCCUAAAGGUGAAUGUCUUUCGCAGGUAUUGCGGGCGGCGUACGACCUGGCCAUGCUGUUCGUGCUCCCGGGGACGCCCGGGUCGGGAGCAAUGGCGAUGUGGGGAGGGGCGCUCUUUUUGAGUUUGACCUUGUACCGGUAUGCUGUGCCGUUUCCCCUCUUUCAGUUAGGUGGACAGUUAUACGAUCUGAGGGAAUCCCCAAAAGCUUCUUCUGAUAACCGUGAGCGGAUUGAAAACUUGCAAUGGGUUGACGUGGAGUUGCUCUCAUCUCUAAUCGGGGUUGUGCUUCCCGAUUUCUUUGAGUCGUGUAGCGUUGGAGAGCAGUACAUGUGUAACGUGAUGACGGUAACAGCACAGUUCGGCGUUCCUAGCUGUAUUUGGCAUCCCCGUCGCAUUUCGUGGUAUCAAGAUUCCAUCCUGCUGAUGAAAAAACGUAGGCGGCUACCCACACAAACUCAUGGCACGCCAUUUCCUAGCGAAAUUUCACCUGAACACACGGCGAUGAUAGCCCUACUUGAGUUGGCUCGAUUGUUUGAUUCUAAACCGUCAAGUGCCAGUGUGUCCGCGCGUGUUGGUAAGUGGUUGGACGAGAAUGGGCUGUAUCCGCAGCGUACCUCUUAUCGAUCGAAAGAAUGUGGUGAUGAAAACUUGAAUGAUGACAAUCAACAGCCGAAUGCAGCAGAAGCAGCGGGUAACGCCUCUAUACCUGCAGCCGAAGAGGAUACUGCGUGGGCAUGUGGCUCACUUACUACUACGAGUUCUCCGUUUGCCGGAGCUAUGCACCACGUUUUACAAUCCCCAUGUGCCAAUGCACUUCUCUACAUGUUCGCUGAGGUGUUUUCAAUCCCUGCGCUUGAGUUAGCUGAUAUGGCAAGUAGUAGUGGAAUGUACGGAGGCCCUGUGCGCACCUUUGAGGUGCUGCGAGACUCUGCAUGCUCGGGGAAUUAUGGCUUAGUGCCUCUGUCACGGAGAAUUUCCCCGAUAGUUUCCCCUUGGACAAGUGUAUAUUUUGCCAUACACUCCAACGAUCGCCUACCAUUUCUUGCAGCACUGCAGCACGUUCGAAGUGCGACAUCGCGUGAAAAAGAAAUUCACUUUGUCCGACUCAUUCAGGCCAUUCUGCGCAAACACCAAAGCACGCGGCGUUAUCAAUUUAACUAUACCAUAAAUGUGAAGAGUGAGAAGUCAAUGUCACAAAUCGACGGAACUUAUUUUCUUUGCUAUGUCGCAGAGCAGUUUGCCGUCUUCGCGGCCAUUGGUUCCGCCCAGAGGACUUUAACCUUUGACAGCACGAACAAAAGCAUAACGUUUAACUCCCCUCAACUCCGUGACGUGGAGGUGGAGCUUAUUCCUGAGAAACGAAUGUCCUCUAGUGCUAAAAGUGAGAAACCACAUGAGGAGGCGUCACAGGCUUCGGUGGGGCAAUCGCCGCAUUUCCGUGGCCAUCACCAUGACAAAUUUCAAAACAAUCAAUAUCAAUCGCUGCCGGGCGCCGCGCGUCCACAGUCGCAACGGGAUGCCCAUCGUAUCCAUAUUAAAUUCAGUGGCCCUGUUAUAGCGAACGUGGAAAGCAGCAGCGCUAAGUGUGUGAUUGAUUGCGCGCGGCAAGACUUGGGUUCUGUGCAAUGGCAGUCAGUGGUUCGGCGGCUGGAGCGCUGUGGGCGUAUUCGCAGACGCAUGAGGGUUCCGAUGCUCGCGUCGCGCCUGGACGCGUUAGCUUCCGUCCGGGAGUCGACGGCGAUGACAUCACAUCCCAUGAACGGUUCUUCCACACUCGGGUGGAGAGAUACAGAGAGCCUCUUUGGAUCAACACACCACAUGUUGUACGUGUCGCAGAAGUACACGGCUACAACACUUAGGCGCGAGGUGCAACAGGAUGUGUUGUCAUUACUGAGACCGUCGCUUGUCUUUGGAAUGUCAGAAAGUCGUGUUGUCACAAUGUAUGCUGCCCUCAUCGCUUUGUUGGAAAUCACUGACAGACAACUGGGAUCUCAGGCUCGUACGUCACCGCGUGUGCCUGGAGGACCGCCAGCGCGCACGUGGUUAGAUGAAUUACUGAGCAAGGAAGAGUGGAACUUUGAUGACAGGCCUACGCAGAAAACGUUAAAUGAUACGCCUUCGCCGCCAUAUCCCAACCGAGAUACCAACGGAGGAGGGGACGCGAUGGUGCUCCCUGCUUCAACAGCAGCCGUCCAGAGGGAACAACAGGACGCAAAGCACCGUAACUCUUCUGACGGACAACAAAGGUGUCCAAACGGUUCGCGCCAUUCGACGCAAUGCAACGCAACUACAGAAGCCUUUCCAAGCUAUGAGGAGGUAUUAAUGGGACGUGUCAAAAUGAUCACUAACGGUGCUGGAGGUCGAAACUCGGGGACGCGGUUCCUGCGGUUUACGAAGUCUCAGAAGCAGCGACGACCCUGCACUGAGGGUAGCGCGGGUGGUGUUAGCGUCGAUAAUCCUUCAGCAUCAGCUGUUGACGACCCGUCAAAUCUCAACUUCACUUCGUUUAACCUGUUUAAAGCGGAGAUAUGUAGGAGACGGCUCUACCGACUUCUCUGUUUUAUUGACGAGUACAAAAGGAAAGGACAUGCAGAACUCAAGCGGCCACCGCACGAAAUACGAGCAGACACGCACAUGGCAGUGAAAGCAGAGGAUCAUAAGGCUUUCAAGAGAGAGGAUUCACCUCCGCUAUAUUCCGCGCAGACUCCUAACGUGUGCGCUAAUCGCUCUCCAAGGCACAGUUUUACAUCUGCUCGCAAAAGUAACACUCCAUUACUGGGGCCUCAGCCAAAUAAAACGACCCCAACAACACCUCCACGACACGCGACAUCUCCCAUUGUGGAGCCAAUAAAACUACCACCUCAGGCAGAACAAUCCGUGUGGGGUUGUCGCAGCUCCGGAUCUUCCGGUCACCGCAACGGUGAUAACACAAACCAUACCCACAAUCGCAUUUAUCACACUGGUGUGGGUGACAGGCCACCCCAAUCCCGCGCCUCCAGCAACGACGGAGGUUCAAUUGAAAACAGGAAACCUAUGGGUGAGUGGUCUUCUAAGAAAUUUCGGCGGACGAAAUGA